UAUCUGAACUUCUACCUUCAAUCUUCUUCCUCACCUCAUUAGUGGUAUCAGAGCCAUUCUCUCAAACGAGCAUAACUAAUGGCCAGCGAAUCCUCUGCAACUAUCACCUCUCCUCCUAUAUCCACUAAUGCUGCCAUCUCUGCUGGACAGAACACUAUCAUCACCUUCAAUGCUGCUGCUCAUUUUCCUCUCAAACUCACUCCGAGCAAUUAUCCUUCUUGGCGGGCACAAUUUCUGUCCAUCCUCACAUCGAUUCGUCACGCCAUUCUUACAUCAGUUUCAGAACCAAUUGCUCCCUACAUAUCUGCUGCUGAAACUUCCCAACAAGCCUGGAGAACUCUAGCUAACCUCUAUGCCAAUCACUCAAGGUCUAGAGUUUUCACACUCAAGGAAAGGCUUCAAAACACCCGCCGUGAAGGCCGCACUAUCUCCGAAUUUCUUCAUCAACUCAAGAUGCUUGCCGAUGAACUUGCUGCAAUUGACAAACCUCUUACCAACGAUGACUUGACGGUACAUGUACUCAACGGAAUAGGCCCUGAAUUUCGUGAGAUCUUUGCUUCAAUUCGUGCUGGAGAUGAGCCACUUUCUUUUGAAGAACUUCAUGACAGACUAGUUACGCAUGAAGAAAGCAUGCAUCGGGAAGAAACCCGACUUGUAAACUCACCGGUGACUGCUCAUUUUGCUGCUAUGCCCACAAGGAGACUUGCUGGUAAUAAUCCUACUUUUUCUACAAAUUCUGGUCUUUCAAAUGCUUCCUUUCAGUCCAAUGGUGCAGGAAUUCUGCCAUUGCCACACAAUAUACAACAUUUUGGUUCAGGCCACCAAAUGGCAAGAGGAAGAGGAAAUGGGCGCCAAAGACCAAAUCACUUCAAUAGAAACAGAGGAGGCCCAAACCGGCCCAACACCAGCAGGCCCAAUAUAUCCUGCCAACUUUGCAACCAUUUUGGGCAUACUGCUCGUACAUGCUCACUGUUUCGAAAUCAAGGCCAAGGACCCGCAGUCCACUAUGCAGCAUCUACCAAUCCAAACACUAAUGAAUGGGUGAUUGAUUCAAGUGCUAAUAAUCAUAUCACAACUGAUUUGUCAAACCUGGCAUUACAUUCAGAAUAUAAUGGCCCUGAUGAACUAAUUAUUGGAGAUGGCUCAGGUUUGAAAAUCACUCAUACCUCCACCAAAUCAGCCUCUCUCUUUCCUUCUGCUUCUCCAGCACCGGACUCAGCUCCAUCCCCGGCUCCUCUCCCAGCCUUGCUCCCGCCAGUGCCCUCCACCACUGCCAACCCACCUCUGCAGGACUUCAUCAUCCUCAUCUCGCAGGAUGCAUCGCCUCCCACUGCUUGCGGUCCAGAUCUGGUUUCGUCUCCCCCAUGCUCAGGUAUUUCCUGCCCUCUUACUACCUCCCCUGUUGCUGUUGAUUCCCUUCCCUCUCCCUCUCCCUCUUCCUCGUCCCCGUCCCCUGUCUCCUCCUCGUCACCAGCCUCUGUCUCGCCUUCUGCAGUCCCCUGCUCCCCCUCACCCAGUCCGGCCCCAAUCCCCCCCCACCCAGCACCGCCCAAUACCCAUCGAACUCACCCUAUGGUCACCCGCUCCCUCAAUCACAUCUUCAAACCAAAACAGAUGCAUCUUGCCACCAAAUAUCCUCUCCCCACCACUGUUGAGCCCUCAUGUGUGAGCCAAGCCUUGAGCCAUCCCCAAUGGCUAAGGGCUAUGUCUGAUGAGUUUGAUGCUCUUGUUCGCCAAGGGACUUGGGAUCUGGUUCCGGCCUCUCCGACCCAGAAUGUUAUUGGAUGUAAGUGGGUGUUUCGGUUGAAAAGAGGAAAAAAUGGUGAAAUUGAGCGCUACAAGGCGCGGCUAGUGGCCAAAGGCUUUCAUCAGCGGCCUGGUCACGACUAUUCUAACACCUUUAGCCCUGUUAUAAAACCCACCACCAUCCGCACUGUGUUCACCAUUGCUGUCAAUCAAGCCUGGCCAAUUCGGCAACUUGAUGUGAAUAAUGCGUUUCUCCAUGGCUUUGUUGAGGAAGAUUUAUAUAUGGCUCAAUCGGCCGGCUUCAUUGAUCAAAAUCUUCCUCAUCAUGUCUGUAAAUUGAAGAAAGCCAUCUAUGGACUCAAGCAGGCUCCCCGAGCUUGGUAUACAGAAUUAAAGCAAUUCUUGCUUGCUUGUGGCUUGGUUAACUCUCGCUCUGAUUGUUCCUUGUUUAUUUAUAAUAAAUCCGGGAUUGUUCUCUAUGUGUUAGUUUAUGUUGAUGAUCUACUGAUUACUGGCAACAGUACUGCUUUCAUCUCAGAUUUAAUCACCAAGUUGGGGCAGAAAUUUUCAUUAAAGGACCUCGGUGAACUUAGUCUGUUUUUGGGUGUUGAGGCAAAAAGCAAAAUGGAUGGUGCCAAAACCAUUGCCACACCGAUGUCCUCCUCGGGUUUGUCACCUCAGAGUGGUUCUCCUCCUCUCUCCGAUGCUACAGCUUACAGGCAAUUACUGGGCUCUUUGCAGUACUUGUCCUUAACUCGUCCUGACAUUUUAUUUGCAGUAAAUAAGUUGUCUCAGUAUAUGCAUUGUCCCACUGAGUUGCACUGGCAGGCAGGUGACAAAGACACCUUUGUUUCUACUACCGAUUAUCUUGUCUUUCUCGGUGCCACACCUAUAUCUUGGAAGGCUAGCAAACAAAAAGCCAUUGCUCGAAGCUCUAUCGAGGCAGAGUAUAGAGCCUUGGCCGCUGCUUCCUCUGAGUUAGUUUGGGUCCUGCAUUUGUUGCGUGAGCUUGGUCUUCCUUCUGGUACUCCACCUGUUCUCUACUGUGACAAUGUUGGUGCUACCUACCUCAGCAGUAAUCCAGUCAUGCAUUCACGUAUGAAGCACAUUGCAAUUGAUCUCCACUUUAUUCGUGAUUUAGUUGACAAGAGAAUUCUUCGUGUUUCUCACAUUGCCUCCGCAGAUCAACUUGCAGAUGGGCUAACCAAACCAUUACCUUCCUUCCGCUUUGCCUUGCUACGGUCCAAGAUUGGUGUCGUCGAUGGCUCCACCAUCUUGCGGGGGCGUAUUAAGGCAACUGCAGAUACUGCACCAUCAGUGGCUCAAUCACAAGGGAAAUCAAAGUUGAAUGAUUCUCCGUCAAUGGCUCAAUCACCAGGGAAAUCAAGCUUAGAUGAUUCUCCCGAUUAUUCUACCAAUCUGCAAUAAUUAAGAUUUCAUUCCUUUUGUAUAUUUCCUUUUCAUCAGUUCUUUCCAUAAGUGUAAAAUAAGGCAGCUUCCGUUCUUGUAUAUAUAUACAUGUAAAAACCAGUGAAUACAUAUCUGAACUUCUA